AUGUCCGACGAAGACGGAGGCCUAUUCAGCAUCGCCAUCGAUGACUCGGAUGAUGAGGGUCUGAUUUCGGAGGAGGCGGCCAAGGCCAAGGAGAGGCCCAGAGACUGGCAGUCGGAAGAAGAGUUCCAGGAGCUCAGGGCCACGUACAGAGUCAACGUGCAAGACGGUGAUAUAUGGCAGAAGAUCGAGCUGCCCCUGGCCGCCGUUGUUCAAAAGACCAGCAAGCCGGCGCUGCAGGAGCUGCUGCACGCCGUGGAGGAGCUGUACUUCCUUCGCCGGUUCGAGGAGGCCGCGGGGUUCGCGAGGCGGGUCCUGGACGGGAGCGACGCGGCGCUGGAUCGCGACACAAGGCAGCUGCUGGGGCGGUACGAGGAAAAGUGCCGGGGUCGGAUGGAGGAAAUGAGAGAUGAUACCCGGUAA